GAGGAACCGCCUAUAUGUAAUAUUUCAACUCAGCCUCAGAGGGGUCAAAGUCGACACGAAAGCAACAAUAGACCACAGACGAUUCCACUUCAACAGGAGGAUCAGUAAAGUUUUAGACAUUUAUUUUCAAGCUGAUGGCUCCACUGCUGAAAUGCGCCGUUUUCAUCCUGCUGGCGAUCUUCCUAACGUCAGUUCCGGUGGAGGCAGAAGGAAAUGACUUACACAGACAGAAAAGAGAAUGGAUCCUGGCCCCCAGGAAGCUGAAGGAGAACAUCGAUUACACCGGCUUGCAGUUUAUUGCUAAAAUUCACUCUGACAAGGCAAGCAAACAGUCGAAGAUAUUAUAUUAUCUAACAGGGCCCGGUGUUGAUGAGCCACCUCAACAUAGAUUUUCUAUCGACGCUCAAACUGGCUAUGUGAAAGUCAAUGUCAUUCUGGAUCGAGAAGAUAUCGCCUUCUAUCAUUUGAAAGGUAGUGCAAAAUACAUCGACGGGACCCCCGCUGAAAAUGAUAUUGACCUUAAAAUUACCGUGGAGGAUGAGAAUGACAACCCACCAAUCAUUCAAGCAAAGCAAGUCGGAUUUGUCAAUGAAUCCAGUGCAGCAGGUACUUUUGUCAUGAAAGUGAUAGCUACUGAUGCUGAUGAAGCGAACACAACCCGAUCCAAGAUCUACUACAGCAUUGUGGAGGAGAGUAGCUCAGCUGGGAUGUUCUACAUCAACUCUCAGACCGGGGAGGUCAUAGUUAAAAGGAACACUCUUGAUAGGGAGACGAAAGCUACAUAUACGUUGACUGUCAGUGCCACUGACAUGGAAGGGCAAGCAAUAGGAAAAACAGGAACCGAGCAAAUUGAGAUCAAAAUUCUGGACAUAAACGACAAUGUUCCAACCCUGGAAAAAGAAACGUAUGAAGGGAGUGUGGAAGAGAACACCAUUAAUGUGGAAGUGAUGAGGAUCAAAGCCAUUGACAUGGAUCUGAUUCACACUGACAACUGGCUGGCUGUCUUCGAAAUCAUUUCAGGGAAUGAGGCAGGCUAUUUCAGUAUCACCACUGAUAAUAAGACCAAUGAGGGAAUUAUCAUGAUUCACAAGGCCCUGGACUAUGAGCAACUAAAGAUGCUCAACUUGGAAGUGGCUAUUUCCAACAUAGCAAAGUACAAUUUGGGGACAACCACCUCAACCACAAAAUCCUACCCCAUUAAAAUCAAUGUGAUCAAUCAGAAGGAAGGCCCCCGUUUCCAACCAACUACCAAAGUGGUGUCUGUCUCUGAGGGCAACGAUUCCGUCUUCAUCAACAAAAUCAUCACCAAUUACGCUGCUAUUGACAGUGACACACUACAGAAAGCCACCAACGUAAGGUAUGCAAAACUCUAUGAUGAGGACAACUGGUUGAUUAUUGAUGAAAAGACAGCAGACAUCAAGCUGAAUAAACUGCCUGACAGAGAGUCCAAGUACCUGAUUAAUGGAACAUAUUAUGCCAAAAUUAUAUGUAUCUCCAAUGAGACACCCUCAAAAACUGCCACAGGGACCAUAGCCAUUCAGGUGGAGGACUUUAAUGAUCACUGUCCAAAACUGACCGCUACAACUCACACCAUGUGCCUCGAGGAUAAUGUGAUCUACGCCACAGCAGUAGACGAGGAUGAGUUCCCCAAUUCAGCACCAUUUGAGUUCACUGUGAUUCAGGGAAGCAGCAAGGGGAAAUGGACAGUGGAGCAUCUUAAUGAAACCACAGCCAUCCUGCGAGACCAAGCCAAAUUGUGGCCAGGCAUCUACAGAGUGGCAGUGGACGUCAAGGACCAGCAAGGAAAGUCGUGUGGUGAUGUUCAGAUGAUGGACGUAACAGUAUGCACCUGCCAUGAAAGCACUAAAACCUGCAUGUCACGCCAGACAACGACUUCAGGUUUUGGAGCUGCAGGUGUCCUGCUUCUGCUCCUGGGACUGCUGCUACUGCUGUUGCUGCCCCUGCUGCUGCUGUUCUGCCUAUGUGGAGGUGCUGCAGCUAUGGGAAAUUUCAAGCCCAUUCCAUUUGAUACGAAACAAGGGCUAAUCUCAUAUCACACCGAGGGACAGGGAGAAGACAAGGAAGUUCCUCUUCUACAUGUCCCAGUGGAAGUUGAUCAUGGCACAGUUAAUGCCAAUGACGGCAAUGGGGCAAAUGGGUACGGAGAACUUGGAGGAGGAGCUGGGGGAGGCCAAAUUUUUAUAAUCAAUGACAAGAAGAAUUACGGCCAUUACGUCAUGGGUCAAAAGGAGAGGGAAGUACCCGUUUCAGGAAUGAUGAUAGGACAAGAAGACCAUUUCUCUCAAUACGGAGCUGGGGCCUUUGAUGGGAUGGCUCUAUCUGAGCAGUUCCUGGAAGAGUAUUAUUCAAGUAAAUCAAACCAUGCUGUACAACAGUGCCAGCAGACGGAUGCACUGCUGGUCUAUGACUAUGAGGGUCAGGAGUCCCUGGCAGGUUCUGUAGGUUGCUGCAGCCUUCUUGAGAACGAUGAUGAUCUUGCAUUCCUGAAUGACCUUGGGCCUAAAUUUAAAACCCUGGCCGAGAUCUGUCAGGGAUCAAACAUAGUGAUCGAGUCUGUGGAUAUCUCCCCAAUCAGGCCAGUGUCUCCAGUCAGGCCCUCCACCCACACACACGUGCAAACUCACACAGAAUCAAUGAGGGAGAGGGACCACGUAAACAUCAACACCAUCAACACCUCCAAUGUAGCUUCAGGAUCGUCUACCAUCAUCCAGGAUAAGAUAAUGAUGCCCAGUCCGACAGUGCUCAUACAGCAGCCCACUAUGUACUAUGCUGCUACGCCCAUGUAUGUAGUUGAGUCCCAACCCCAAAUGGUGCUUGUGGCAGGGGGUACCCAGCAGCAGUCAGUGGCUCAAGUUGGGCUAAGUCAGGGGCUGGUGCAGGUUGGUGGUCUCCAGGGGCCUCAGGGUGUGGUCCUUGUGGAUAGGCAGGUAGGAAUGGGUGGAGUGACAGGGCAGGUAGCGCAAGGCCUUUCACAAGGAACUGUCUCCAGGUCCAGAAAAGUGUUGGUGGUGGAGAAUGGGUCCUCAGGUGGAGGGCAAGGUCUAGGACAGGGGUCUACAGCACAGGGCUUGGAGGUGAGUCAAGGUGUACAGAGUUUUUCACUGAGUUCCCAUGGUUCAACAGGAUCUCAUGAUGACUCCUCUGUGAUAGCCACACCCAAGCUGCAAGGUAACCAGAAACUGGUUGUGCAACAUAAGAAGGUAUUAGUCACUGAGAGAAAUUUUGAAUCUAGUACAAGAGCAUAAGGCAAACCUUUUGUUUUGCAUAUUCACAAAUUUCACAUUGGUAAAAGGAUAGUUUAGUUUGCUUUGCCUAAAGUGCAAUAAUGUAUGUUGUCUUCUGGCAACACUAACACUACUGAUCAUACUAGUUAACACAUGGUAUUGACUUCAUGACAAUCUUGGCCAUAAAAGGCAUUGGGUUUCCAUAGUUUUACUAGGUAGGAAAAUUACUCAUUAAUACCAAAUAGUGCUUUAAUUUCUCGUAUGCUACCUGUUAAAAUGAGGCUGUGGUAACAUUAGCUGAAAAUGUACAUGUUAUAGUAUUUGUGUAAAGUACGCAGUAGAACUGCAAGAAAACAGAUUCUUUGACCCCUGUUAAACCUUGGCUAAUGACCGUUUACCUUAGGCACCAAAUGACAGCCCUAAAAGCACUCUAUUUAUUUCAGGUACGCUAGUGUGGCUGCAGGGCGGGAACAGUCAAAGUAAACAGAACAGAACUAGACCAGUCAGACCUACAGUGUCUACUUACCUAUUCAAACAGAAACUAAGAACCUCAGUCCGAAUCUCCUAGCCAAAAAGAAACUGGAACAAGCAGAGAACAGACAAAAAGGCCACCCACCUACAUCUCUCAGGGAAGAAAUAAGUGGACACUUAUCAAAGUUUAAAGUCAGAUCAGUGAGUUCCCUUCCUAUUCCAGCUCCCAACCUGCCAGGCUAGAGUAGGGAAGGGAACCAUUGGACUGGUUGUAGCUGGUCCUGUAUCCCUGAGGGCUGCAUUUGGGAACCAAUCACCAGCCAGAACUCUGCUGAACAAUCAAACUAGCCAACCAAUCAUAGCACCCCGACUGCAGGUCAGACACAUCUACACCUCAAUAAGAACAAAAGGAGAGAGAAAUGCAAAACAUAUAAUGUACAAGUACACAGAAAAAAAGAUUAUAGUUUGUAACAUCAGACAGAUAGUGGGAACCAGUGAUAAUUUGGUAACGUUACUAUAAUAGAUGUAGGAUUGGAAAGCGGAAAAUGAAAUGUUUGAAAGUUAAUAGUCAUGUCAUUGGUAUGGAUCAAUACUCUUUUUCAAACAGCAGUUAAACUCUUACUUAUUGCUCUUUUUGAUAAGAAUAGCACAGAACCAGUUUCAGAACUCUGAAAACAGUGUGUCCAUAGAAUUCCUGUUGAAACGACCACACAAUGAUACAUUUUAAAGUCACUUGGGCAGAGGUAGAGAUAAAGUUUCUGCACUUAGUAUCACGUUUGCAUUAAUCCAUACAGGCUCUGCUCCAAGUGCUGUAUAUGUUUGUGUGGUGUAUUCUUAAAGAUACUUGUUUUAGCUAGCCUUAGCUAUGCCAUAAGUUGUCCAGCUUACCUUUGGCUUGCUGUUGCUACUUAGUUAUACUGUAACUAAGAGAGAAUUGUUAUAUGGGUGGCUUCCUUGGAAACAGCUGGUAACAUAGAUAAAUGCCAUUCAUACAGUACAACUGAUGAAAGCACUGUUCACAGAAGGAGCAACGUGUUUGAAUGAUUUAUUGCAUCAAGAAGGGAUAAAAUUCUUUAUCAGUAUGAACCACAGUCAUUAUAGACUAUAAACCAAAGGAGACAACACUACACAAGUUCCCUAUUGUAUUGUUUCACUUGUACAAUAAGACAAGUAACUCCAAAAAAGUGCCAAAGCUGUUAAUUUUUUUUUCUUUACAAAUGUAUAUUGUGACAUAAUUCCUAGAUAUAUUUUUAAUAUGUUUGUCAUGUUAUGGGUAAGGUAACAUAAUUUGUGUAUGUGUAUGGGAAAAAUGAGCUUGCCAAGCACUGAAAACAUUUGGUAGAAUGACAUUGUUUGAUAUUGCUGUUCUUGCUAUUGAUAUGUAUGUAUUUUUGUCUCCAGUACAUGAUGUGCUGUAUGAAUAUAGCGUAUAUUGCUUUAGAGCAGAACAGUACUAAAGCAGCAUUAUAGUGGGGAUGUUUUCUUUUUUUAAGUUUUGCACCUCAUAUCAGAAUAAAAUCAAACUG